CGCACGGAGCCACCGCCGGCGGGAUGAGCGGGAGCGGCAACCCCGGGCCCGGCGCGGCGCCCUGCCGCUUCGCCCACUACUUCGUGCUGUGCGGCAUCGACGCGGAGAGCGGGCUGGAGCCCGACGAGCUGGCAGUCUUGUACCAAUAUCUACAAGCAGAUCUCCAUGGCAAGAGCUCAGACACUGCAGACAAAACCUCAGGAGAGAAUUUUGACCAGAGUCCCCUAAGAAGAACCUUCAAGUCCAAAGUUUUGGCUCAUUAUCCUCAGAACAUUGAGUGGAACCCCUUUGACCAGGAUGCUGUCAACAUGCUGUGUAUGCCCAAGGGGCUGUCCUUCAGGACGCAGGCGGAUAACAGGGACCCGCAGCUGCACUCCUUCAUCAUCACCAGGGAGGAUGGCUCCCGCACGUAUGGCUUUGUGCUCACCUUCUACGAGGAGGUCACGAGCAAGCAGAUCUGCACAGCCAUGCAGACGCUGUACCAGAUGCACAAUGCAGAGCAGUACAGCAGCGUCUGUGCCUCCUCCUCCUGCAGCAUGGACUCCCUGGCCAGCAGCAUCGACGAGGGCGACGCCACGUCCCUCGCCAAGCUCCAGCGCUACAACUCCUACGACAUCAGCAGGGACACGCUCUACGUCUCCAAGUGCAUCUGCCUCAUCACCCCUCUGCCCUUCAUGCAAGCCUGCAAGAAGUUCCUGAUCCAGCUCUACAAGGCAGUGACCUCCCAGCAGCCACCACCUCUGCCCCUGGAGAGCUACAUCCACAACAUCCUCUACGAGGUGCCCCUGCCGCCCCCGGGCAGGUCGCUCAAGUUUUAUGGUGUUUACGAGCCCAUCAUCUGCCAGAGACCUGGGCCCAACGAGCUGCCCCUCUCUGACUACCCUCUGAGGGAGGUCUUCGAGCUGCUGGGCCUGGAGAACCUGGUCCAGGUCUUCACCUGUGUUCUUCUGGAGAUGCAGAUCCUUCUGUACUCUCAAGAUUAUCAGCGGCUGAUGACGGUGGCAGAGGGAAUCACAACGCUGCUGUUCCCGUUCCAGUGGCAGCAUGUCUAUGUCCCCAUCCUUCCUGCCUCUCUCCUGCAUUUCCUGGAUGCUCCUGUUCCCUACCUGAUGGGGCUGCAGUCUAAGGAGGGAACCGACCGCUCCAAGCUGGAGCUGCCUCAGGAGGCAAACUUGUGCUUUGUAGACAUCGAUAACCAUUUCAUCGAACUGCCGGAGGAAUUCCCGCAGUUCCCCAACAAGCUGGAGUUUAUCCAGGAAAUCUCUGAGGUUCUCCUGCAGUUUGGGAUCCCUCCAGAAGGUAACCUGCAUUGCAGUGACAGCGCCACCAAACUCAAGAACUUGGUUCUUAGUGACCUGGUGAAUGACAAGAAGAACGGGAACAUCCCCAGCAAUGCCCUCAACAUGUACGAGCUGCUGAAAGGCAACGAGACCAUCGCCCGCCUGCAGGCCCUGGCCAAGAGAACGGGCGUGACCAUGGAGAAAAUGACCAUCAGCCCCCCCCUCACAGAGGAGAAGGAUGGGAAGUUGUCCUGUGAGGAGCUGGAGCUGAGGGACUACAAACUGAACGUGCAGCUCCGCGAGGUUUUCGCCAACCGCUUCACACAGCUGUUCGCAGACUACGAGGCUUUCGUCAUCCAGGCUGCCCCCGAUAUGGAGUCGUGGCUGACAAACAGGGAACAAAUGCAAAACUUUGACAAAGCUUCCUUCCUUUCAGACCAACCCGAGCCUUACCUCCCAUUCCUUUCACACUUCAUCGAAACACAGAUGUUUGCAACCUUCAUAGACAAUAAGAUAAUGUCCCAGUGGGAGGAGAAGGACCCUUUUCUACGAGUUUUUGACUCCAGAAUUGAGAAAAUAAGGCUGUAUAACGUCAGGGCCCCUGCACUGCGGACAUCCAACUACCAGAAAUGCAGCACUCUGAAAGAAGCAGGUCAGCUGUCUAUUCAGCGUCUAGUUUUGGCAGAUAUUGUGGCACCAGAACCUCAUUUUCUGUCUUGUGAAAAGCAGCAAACUGAUACCCAGUCCAUCGAGCAGCGGCUGAUGAAGAUUGACCACACGGCCAUCCACCCCCACCUGCUCGACAUGAAGAUUGGCCAAGGGAAAUAUGAGCAAGGAUUUUUCCCAAAGCUGCAGUCAGAUGUCUUGGCAACGGGACCCACCAAUAACAACCGCUGGGCCAGCCGCAGUGCCAGCACGCAGCGGAGGAAGGACCGCCUGCGGCAGCACUCGGAGCACAUCGCACUGGACAACGACAUGAGGGAGCCCUCGGAGGAGCUUUUGCUUCGUCAGAACUCAAUGGCCUUCUGGGAGUGGGAUCAGGGACCACCCCCUCCUGCACGGCCUCCUAAAAAAUCCUUCUCUGAAUGCUGCCUGAAAUACAUGCAGGAGGCAAGGAGUUUAGGUAAAAAUUUAAGGCAGCCCAAACUGUCAGACCUCUCUCCAGCUGUGAUUGCACAGACCAACUGGAAAUUUGUGGAAGGGUUGCUGAAGGAAUGUCGCAUGAAGACUAAACGCAUGUUGGUAGAGAAAAUGGGCCAUGAAGCAGUUGAGCUGGGACAUGGAGAAGCCAACAUAACAGGUCUGGAGGAAAAUACACUGAUUGCCAGUCUCUGUGAUCUGCUAGAAAGAAUCUGGAGCCAUGGUCUGCAGGUCAAGCAGGGGAAAUCUGCAUUGUGGUCCCAUUUGCUUCAGUACCAGGAGAGAGAAGAGAAGCAAGAGCACAGUGCGGAGUCCCCAGUUGGUGGUGGAACAGAAAGACGAAAGUCUGAUACAGGAAUUACUCUGCCUACAUUGAGGGUUUCCCUGAUACAAGACAUGAGGCACGUUCAGAACAUGAGUGAGAUAAAGACUGAUGUGGGGCGAGCCCGAGCCUGGAUAAGGCUUUCUCUGGAGAAGAAGCUUUUGUCUCAGCACCUGAAGCAGCUGCUUUCCAACCAGGCACUUGCAAAGAAACUUUACAAGCGUUACGCUUUCCUGCGCUGUGAAGAAGAACGGGAACAGUUUCUGUAUCACCUGCUCUCACUCAAUGCUGUGGAUUACUUCUGCUUCACAAGUGUCUUCACUACAAUCAUGAUCCCUUACAGGUCAGUGAUAAUUCCCAUCAAAAAACUAAGCAAUGCAAUAACCACAUCAAACCCGUGGAUAUGUGUGUCAGGAGAGCUGGGAGAUAGUGGUGUCAUGCAGAUUCCUAAAAACCACCUAGAAAUGACGUUUGAGUGCCAGAACUUGGGGAAGCUGACGACCGUUCAGAUUGGUCAUGACAACUCAGGGCUGCUGGCCAAGUGGCUGGUUGAUUGUGUCAUGGUCAGGAAUGAAAUAACAGGACACACGUACAAGUUCCCCUGUGGGCGGUGGCUGGGAAAAGGUGUGGAUGAUGGCAGUCUGGAGAGAAUCCUCAUUGGAGAGCUGGUGUCCUCCACGUCCGACGAGGAGCUGGGAAAGCAGUGCCGCACCCCGCCCCAGCAGAAGUCUCCCACUGUGACUCGGCGCCUGAGCAUCACCUCCCUCACAGGGAGGAACACCAAGCCUAAUGCAGGGCAGAUCCAAGAGGGAAUCGGGGAAGCUGUGAACAACAUUGUGAAACACUUCCACAAGCCAGAGAAAGAGAGAGGGAGCCUUACCAUUUUGUUGUGUGGGGAGAAUGGUCUGGUUGCAGCACUGGAGCAGGUCUUCCACCAUGGGUUCAAAUCAGCUCGCAUUUUUCAUAAGAAUGUCUUCAUCUGGGAUUUCAUAGAGAAAGCUGUUGCUUACUUUGAAACCAGUGACCAGAUUGGAGACAAUGAGGAGGCCCUUCUGCUUCAGAGAUCUUCAUGCAAAACCUUCUGUCAUUAUGUCAAUGCCAUCAAUACAGCUCCAAGGAACAUUGGAAAGGAUGGCAAAUUCCAAAUCCUGGUUUGCCUGGGGACAAGGGACCACCUGCUGUCCCAGUGGAUCCCGCUGCUGGCGGAGUGCCCGCCCAUCACCAGGAUGUACGAGGAGAACGCUCUCCUCCGGGACCGCAUGACUGUCAACUCCCUUAUCCGGGUCCUACAGACAUUGCAGGAUUUCAACAUCAUCCUAGAAGGGUCGCUCAUUAAAGGAGUGGAUGUUUAGCAUGGCUUUGCUGAGAACUUCAUUACUCCUUUCCCAAACAAGCAAACCACAAUUGGAGACCUGUCAGGACUUGAAUGCCAUGGUAGUGCACCACUGUAAGGCAAAGCUGCUGGUGGAAGCAGGAUUGGGAAGCCCAGUUUGUGCCCGAUGGGGACUGGCCUCUAAAGCUGCAGAAAGCUAAGAUGCAGUAUUGUAGUUUAUUUGAAACAGAAAUUUAGUACAAAAAA